AUGAGGGCGGAAAGAGCCCGGUUCCCAAUUGCGGGGGUGGCAUAGGGGAAGAGGGGAUGGGAGUCUCUGUCUGACGGGAGAUCCCGUGACCGUCUCCCCCUCCCCUGGGCCAAAAAAGCCAAAGCCGGGCUGCCAGACGGCAGCACAGUCGCACUUUUAAUUGCUUUCGCUUUCACUUUGCCUUCGGCCGCGUCGCAGAUAUUUUCUCGGAGCGGAAAACGUUUCUAUGUUCGGAGUUUUCUCGAGGGCGCGGAAGCCCCAGGCCAGGGACCCAGGUCUUCAAAGCAUCGUGUGUGAAAGACGGGAAAUGGCAUUUCUACAGCGUCGGGAAAACGUCGAGAGCUUUCUGAGAGCCCUGAAGAGGAGCGGAGAAGAGGAACUCCGGCUAAUCCUAGUUGGAAAAUCCGGCGGCGGAAAGAGUGCCACGGGCAACACCAUCCUCGACCGGAGAGAGUUUGAGUCCAUCUUGACGGCAAAGAUUACCACCCUGAAGUGCCAAAGGGGGCAAGGCAGCUGGCAGGGCAUAACGGUCUCCGUGGUUGACACGCCAGCCAUGUUUGAUUCUGACAACUACAAUGAGAUUGUGCGACGUGAGGUCAUGGCUUGCAUUAAAUUCUCUCGGCCUGGCCCCCAUGCCCUGAUCUUGGUAACCCAGACGGGACGCUUCACCGCGGAAGACGUGACCUCUGCAAAAUGUGUCUGGGAUAUCUUUGGGGCUGAGUCCGCCAGGCACACAAUCCUCCUCUUCACCUGCGUGGAGGAUUUGGGUGGGGACUCCCUGCAGGAGUACGUCCGAAAGUCCGACAACAAGAAUCUGCAGGACCUGAUCCAGCAGUGCGGCAACCGCUUCUGCGGAUUCAACAACAAGGCGGUGGGAGCCGAGCGGGAAAGGCAGGUCUUGGAGCUGAUGGAGUCGGUGCAGACAACCGUUUUGGCGAAUGGGGGGAGAUACUAUGUCAACCAGCUGUACUUGGAGCCCAACUUAUGGGAUGAAGGCAUCAAGCUGUUCCUAGAUGGGAACAAAACGGCCCGGAGAAAAUCAGAGAGAAGUUGGCUGCGUAAUCCUUAUCGUGUUGCCGGUGUCUUUGCGGGUAUUGUGUUUUUCAUUGUUAUUGUGAUACAUUUUUCCGGCGGAGGAGCCGAACGGAUCCUGGGGGAACGGCUGAAUGGCCUCGGCAAGGAAAAGAGCCAGGGGUCAGCUUGGGAGGUCACCGUCUGCUGUCUGACCUGCUUCCUGGAUCUCUUUCAGGGGCCCCCGGAGGACCACGGAGCCGAAGCGAAGGAGGAAGGGGACGAUGAAGAACUCCGGCUCAUCCUGGUCGGAAAGUCCGGAAGUGGGAAGAGUGCUACUGGCAACACCAUUCUGGGCCGACUGGCGUUCAAGUCGCUCGUGGCAGCGAAGGCCUCCACUGUGGAGUGCCAAAAGGAGCAGGGAACCUGGAAGAAGAGGAAAAUUUCUGUCAUUGACACGCCACCUAUUUUCGAUUCCGAAGAGUUGGAGCAAUCCCUGAAAAAGCAGCUGGAAAACUGUCGUCACAUGUGCCAGUCAGGUCUCCAUGCCUUCAUUUUGGUGAUCCAGGUGGGGUGUUUCACAGCCGAAGACAUGGCGGCCGCCAAGCACGUCUGGAAAAUCUUUGGGGACGAGUCUGCCAGCCGCACGAUCGUCCUGUUCACCCACAAGGAGGAUUUGGAAGGGGAUUCCCUGAAGAAUUGCAUCAAAAAUGCCAACAACCAAUCUCUGUGUGAGGUGAUGAAGAAGUGUGACCAUCGCUUGUGUGGGUUCAACAACAAGGCCGAGGAAGACGAACGGGAGAAGCAGCUCUCUGAGCUGAUGGAGAUGGUGGAGAAGAUAGACAAGGGGAAUGGAGGGAAACCCUAUUUCAUCCCACAAGGUUCGGAAAAAACAAAUAUUUGUUCAAAAAUAUCUGAUUCCCCCCUGUCUUCCAAACUCCUAGGUGACGAACUCCAGCUCAUCCUGGUUGGAAAGUCCGGAGGUGGGAAGAGUGCCACGGGCAACACCAUUCUGGGCCGACUGGCAUUCAAAUCCCUCUUGGCAACAAAGCCCACCACCGUAGAGUUCCAAAAGGAGCAGGGAACCUGCGAGGGGAGGAAAAUUUCUGUCAUUGACACGCCAGCUAUUUUUGAUUCCAAAUGGUUGGAGGAAUCCCUGGCAAAGGAUCUGGAAAACUCUCUCCAUGUUUUAAUUUUUGUGACUCAGGUGGGGCGCUUCACGGCUGAAGACGAAGCGGCCGCUAAGCAGGUCUGGGAAAUCUUUAAGGAAGAAUCCGCCAACCGCACGAUCGUCCUGUUCACCUGCAUGGAGGAUCUGGGAGGGGAUUCCCUGAAGAAUUACGUCAAAGGAGCCAAGAACAAAUAUCUGCAUCAGCUGAUAAAGAAUUGCAACUAUCGCUUCUGUGGGUUCAACAACAAGGCCGUGGGACAAGAAAGGAAGAAGCAGGUCUCUGAGCUGAUAGAGAUGGUUGAGGAGAUAGUGAAGAAUCCUCGAGAGAUUUCACCCACAAAGGUCAAAAAGACAAACAUUUUGUCAAAACUACCUUCCAUUUCGAGAGGGAAAAUCAAAAGUAAACAUUGAGAUAGAUCAUUUUAGGAGCUAGUUCCCCCGCUUUUUGGAUGACCGCUCUUCCCUCUUAACUUCUCUCCAGUGAUGGCCGGUGGGGGAUGCAUGUAGAUCCAUGUUUAGUAGAUGUGUGUAUCCCUGUCUCGAUGCACGGCUGGUGAGCCAUCACGGGGAGCAGUUGUCAGGGCAGCGAGGUUUGCUCCGGCGUUUCUGGGGGACUGUCCGGGAUCAUCUUUCCACUCGGCAGGAAAUCCCAGUGGCAAAAGCUCCUGUGAACGUGUGGAUGGGGACAUUGGGCUUGCACAUUGGUGUUGUGAGUCGCCUCUACCACAUCUUAUGUGGUUCCCACUUUAGUGGGGGUUGGGACACCGACUCCCACGGUUUCCAGCCGAUUCCACGAAGAACCAGCAUCUCUAGCUGGUCCUCUUAAAGGAGGGGUCCCCAACCCCUGGGCCACAGCCCACUACCAUGAAGUUGCCUAUUUGAAACUGGACCGUGGGUCGGCACAUACGCAUGGACAGCUCAACUCGCGCAAGCACUCGGCCGAUGGACACACUCCUGCAAUUCAACUUGCAUGGUUCGGUGUGCACACGCAUGUGUAUGUAGCUCAGUUUACAGUUGAACUGCAUGUACGUGCAUGGGUGUGCAUGUCAGCUCCAUCGCUCGCACGAGUCAAGCUACAGAUGCACCAGCCCGCCGCUCGCAUGACCCAGUUCCCCCUCUCACCUGCCCCAGAUGGGAUGCCAAGCUGCAAAGUUUAGAGACUGCUGCCCUAAUAUCAAACUCACAGCCAAAGUUUUGUGGAGUUGAAAACCACCAUUAUUGGGUUCUUGUGGGCCUGUUUGAGCGCAACAUAAAUCUUUGGAUGAAGAGAUGGAAAGGUUUUGGAUACAAUAAUACAAUAAUACAAUAGCAGUGUUGGAAAGGACCUUGGAGGUCUUCUAGUCCAACCCU